GUUUCACCAAAUUUAUUAAUGUUAUCGGACCCCACGUAGAGUCACUUCAUAGUUUCAAGAACACACCAAACUUUCUGCUAUAGCUAUUCAUGGCUAACUAUUCCCGCUGCUGAAGCCUAAUAUAUAUGCUGAAUAUUACAGAAGCUUGCUACAUAAGCAUGGCCAUGUUGCCACAAGCACUACUUCUUCUGGUCCUUUUUCACAAUGGUGUUGCAUCAAGCUCGUCCAUCGUUAGCACCCUACCGGGAUUUUCCGGAGACCUCCCCUUCAAACUUGAAACUGGGUAUGUGGGAGUGGGCGACUUAGAUGAUGUGCAGCUAUUUUACUACUUCAUUGAGUCCGAAGGGAGCCCCGAGCAUGACCCUCUGGUGCUUUGGCUCACCGGUGGUCCUGCUUGUUCCGGUUUUCAUACAUUUGUUUACGUAAAUAUCGGUCCACUAUCAUUUGACUACGCAGAAUCCUUUGGCAAAGAGCCUAAAUUAAAGUUGAAUCCAUACUCAUGGACAAAGGUUGCCAGUAUAAUAUUCUUAGAUGCACCUGUGGGCACAGGAUUCUCAUAUGCAACAACUUGGGAAGGAUACAAUGUUAGUGACACAUCACAUGCCGCACAAACAUAUCAGUUUCUAAGAAAGUGGCUUAUAGAUCACCCCAAGUUCCUCAAUAAUCCACUCUAUAUAGGUGGAGAGUCUUAUUCAGGCAUAGUCGUCCCUGUUGUAGUUCAGGAAAUAUCUGAUGGUAAUGACGAAGGAGAUGAGCCACCAAUGAAUCUCAAAGGAUAUGUGCUUGGCAACCCAGCGGUAGAUAAUUUACGUGGAAAUAAUCUCAAAGUACCAUUUUGCCACCUAAAAGCACUAAUAUCAGAUAGCCUAUACCAGUCAACUAAACGAAACUGCAAGGGCCAGUAUAUCAAUGUGGAUCCAAAGAAUAAGUUAUGUCUGGAUGAUUUGGAACUUAUCAGAGAGCAGUGUGUCAACGACAUAAACCCUUCACAGAUAUUGGAACCAAAAUGUCAUAGGGACUCCGGAAAUCUCCUCUGUUCUUUUUCUCAACUUCCCAGGCAAUGGUGUAGGGAAGACAAUUAUAUCCUCUCUGAUGUUUGGGCAAACGAUAAAAUGGUUCAAAAUGCUCUCCACAUUCGGCCGGGAAGCAUUAAGGAAUGGGUGAGAUGCAAUAAGAGCAUACAAGCUUCAUUUAUACAUGAUGUUUCCUCUACUGUUGUUUAUCAUGAGAACCUCAUAAAACAAGGCUAUAGAGUUCUGGUGUACAGUGGUGACCAGGACAUGAAUAUUCCAUAUUUGGGAACUAUUUCUUGGAUAGAAUCUCUGAACGCGACUGUUACUAGUCCUUGGAAACCAUGGCUUGUUAAUGAACAAGUUGCAGGAUACAGAGUGCAGUAUACAAAUCAAAAGCACGAGCUGACAUUUACAACUAUAAAGGGAGGGGGUCACGCCGCGCCGGAGUACAAACCUGAGGAAUGUCUUGCAAUGGCUAGCCGGUGGUUCGGAUACUACCCUCUGUAGUCAGUAUUGUGAUUUACCAAUCAAUCCAUUGAAAGAUAAUAAUUUAUAUAUUUGGAGUGAUAUUAUUUCUCCCUGGAAACAUUUUCAUCAUUCCCAUUGGUGUAUUUUGGCAUAAGCAAGCUACAAUUUUCACCCCAAAGUUCAUUAGUUAAUGUUGUAUCAGUAAAUCCCUUCAUCAGUACUUCCUUUUGAUUCA